UAAACUAUGAGCUUUGCAUACGCCCGCGGUUGAUUGCUCGAAACAGCAAACUGAAAGCUUCCAGACUCUGCGAUGGCUAUUAAUUGUGACACUCAUGAAUUCAAAAUUCCUCAAAAAGAAGUGAAAACACAAAGUGACCUGAAGAAAUGGGCUGAGUCGGAAGCGUUUCAGGACUUGAUGGGCCUGCUUCUGGCCGUGAACACGGCGGUGCAGGGCCUGAAGAUGCCGCCGCCUAGUUCGGGCAGCGAGGCCAUCCAGCGGCUGAAGCGGUUGCUGGACACCAUGUCAGCCUGGGCGGAUGAGAUCGCGCCCGUCCAGCAGCCGCAGCGCUUCGGCAACAAAGCCUUCCGGACGUACUUUCAGAGGCUGGAGGAGCGAGCCGAGUCUCUGCUGCGGGAGGCGCUGCCGGAUCGUCUGCACCGCGCCGUGCCCGAGCUGGCCGUCUAUCUCACCGAGUCGGUCGGUAACGCCACCCGCAUCGACUACGGCACCGGUCAUGAGCUCGCCUUCGUCAUGCUGCUCUGCGCCCUCUUCAAGGUGGAGGCGCUGGCCGAGGCGGAUCUGGCCGACGCGGGACUGGUACUGUUCGCCCGGUACCUGCGGCUGGCGCAGCAGCUCCAGCAGCGCUACCGCAUGGAGCCGGCCGGCAGCCAGGGCGUCUGGAGCCUGGACGACCAUCAGUUCGUGCCGUUCAUCUGGGGCAGCGCUCAGCUGAUCGGCCACCCCCGCGUCACGCCCAAGGCCAUCGCCAGCGAGGAUAUGGCGCUCGCGCUCGCAAAAGACUACCUGCUCUUUGCCGGCGUGGAGUACAUCCUAAAGGUGAAGACGGGGCCAUUCGCGGAGCACAGCAAUCAGCUGUGGAACAUCAGCGCCGUGCCGCACUGGACCAAGGUCAACUCGGGCCUGCUCAAGAUGUACCGCGGCGAGGUGCUCUGUAAACACCCGGUCAUCCAGCACUGCCGGUUCGGCUCGAUCCUGAGCAUCGCGCCGGCCGCCGAGCGGCCGCACGAGCUCAUCAUUCCGCCGGCAGUGGCCGGGCUCGGCUGUGACGUGGCUAUCGACGUCACGCUCGGCCAGGGGUCGAUGUCUGGCGGCCCGCGCACGCGGCUCGGCCAGAUACGAAGUCACCUGGGCGACUUGUUCCCCCUUCAUCGCUGCCCGUAG